AUGGUCUGCGCAAAGUGCCAGAAGCUCGGCAAGGGCGGUACAACCCUCGCGACGCCCUCCGUCAAGAAGAAGAGCGAAAUCUACCACGGCUCCGCCACAUCCUCCGCGUCCUCCUCGAAAGCGACCCUGGGCAGCACCGGCAUCGGCAAGAGCAAGCUGCUCUCCAAGGCCGCCAAGAACCCCUACGCCCAGUACUCGAGCGCGUGCUCCAAGUGCAAGACAAAGGUCUCGCAGGGCCACGCCCUCUGCCAGUCGUGCGCCUACCGCGCCGACUCCUGCGCCUCGUGCGGCAAGCCCAACAAGAAGAAGACCGCCGCGCCUGCUGUUGCGGGGCAGAAGUUUACGUUGAAGUGA